AAAAUAUUCAAUGCUUUUCCAUUUUUCACUAUUUUUUACCAGAACUCUUCCUCUAUAUAAUCCUUUCAAACCCUACCCCCCUCUCUCAUCACACGUCUGUACCCUUUUCCUCUCUCUGCAUCUCUCUUUUACUCUCUCAGCUUUCUUUUCUAUAAUGGCUGAAACUUCAUUAAAGCGCCAAAGAGAAGAAACCCAGAUGGAAAAUGGCGAAGACUAUUAUAAGCGCCAAAAAUCUUACAACGACAUACUCUCUCUUCUCGAAGAAGAAGAAGAGGAACCUAACCAAGAUCUCUCUUCUAUCAUCACCACCCUUCAGCAAGAACUCUCAUCCAAAUCCAGAUCAGACCUGAAUUCGUUCGGUACCAGUGAAACCGACCCUGAAACCACCACGGUAGCCUCGUCUUCUGCCGCAGAAGAUUACUCUUGCUCUUCGUCUUCUUCUUCAAGCUCUCUUGUUCUGAAAGAUGACGAACAAGAAGUGGAGAAGGAGAGGGUUAUGAGACACCUUCUAGAAGCUUCCGACGACGAGCUUGGGAUUCCGAAUAUGGAUGUCGGGUCAGAUAGCGGAGUCGGGUUUGACAGUGGGGAUUUUGGGUUUCCUGUAACCGAGGGCUUGUGGGAGCUUGAAGAUGAAGCGGCUAAUUAUUAUGCGUUAUUGCAAUCUGAGCUCUUCAUGUAGGGGUGAAACUAGGAACAAAAAAUGUUUUAGGGUUCGUAAUUAAAAUUGAAAAAAGAAGUAAAUUAUGGAGAGGGAUAUUGGGAGAAAAUGAGUCCUUUUUUAACAUUUUCAUUUUGGUCCCUCUGAUGUAAAAACUAUUAACUGUGUCGUCAUAUGUCCCCUUUUUAAAUGAAAUCAUCUAGUAGAAGAAAAAAAAUAAAUUCACAUUCCUUUCA